AUGCUCAGCGUGACCAGGCACCUGGGGCUGCUCGCGGAGCCCCACCAGUCGCGGCUGGCGCUGAAGGUGCUCCUGCGCGACCUGAAGGUGCUGGCGUGCAAGGUGCGGCUCCUGCUGGUCUUCAAGUACCUGCGCCUGCACACCCUCGAGGAGCAGGACCUCGCCCGCUUCGAAGGGCGGUCCGCGGUCAACAUGGAGCAGCGGCGCAACAUGCUCCUGUGGGCCAGAUCAGUGAUGCUGGCACUGAAGUUUCUGAUGUGGGUGAACUGCGUGAUCUACGCAAACGUGCUGCAGAGCAAG